AUGUCGCUGUCAGAAAAGAAGAGCGACCGACGUUCCUCGACUUCAACAUCAAAGGGUAAUCGCCUUACCCACUUCUUCUCUUCGAGCCCCAAGUCCAAGGAACACAUGAGCGCCCAGCAGGCGCUGCUUGCCAUGCAGCAGCAGCAGCAGCUCGGCGCCCCCUACUCGGGCAUCUCCCCGUCGUCCGUCUCUCGCCCGACCAUAUCCCUCUCCACGGCCGUCGCCGGCGAGCACAACAACAUCGAGCCGCCCUCGACGACCCUCUUGCAGUCUCAGACGGCCGAGGACGUGGACCGCCAGAGGCGCGUCGAGGCUCAGUUCGGCCCUCUUGUCCAUCCUAGCCACCUGUACAUUAGCAAGUCCCACGGUAAACCCUUGGAACCUCCCGUCGAGGACGAGCCGCCAUAUUACUUCCUGCUCACCACCUACGUCAGCUAUUUGCUCCUCAUCGUCCUGGGCCAUAUCCGCGACUUCUUCGGCAAGCGGUUCGGAGACAGGAAGCAUUAUCAGGCCCUUAAAGAACACAACGGCUUCGCGCCCCUCAACGACGACUUUGACAGCUUCUACACCAGGAGACUCAAGAUGAGACUGGACGACUGCUUCGCCCGAACCACCAUUGGCGUUCCGGGACGAUACAUCACCCUCAUGGAUCGCAAGUCGGACGACUACAACCGCACCUACCAAAACACGGGCACCUACACCGAGACGCUAAACAUGAGCUCCUACAACUACCUCGGAUUUGCCCAGUCUGAAGGCCCCUGUGCCGAUGCCGUCGAGGAGUGCGUCCGGCGCUACGGUGUCAGCUUCUGCAGCCCACGGACCGAUGCCGGCACCUCGGACCUUGCCCUCGAGGUCGAGCGGGAAGUUGCAGCCUUUGUCGGCAAGCCUGACGCCAUGAUUUUCUCCAUGGGCUACGUCACCAACGCCAGCUCGUUCCCGGCUCUCGUCUCCAAGGGCUGCCUCAUCAUCUCCGAUGAAUUGAACCACGCGUCCAUCCGCAUCGGCGCCCGCCUCUCCGGAGCCGUCAUCCAGUCCUUCAAACACAACGACAUGUGUGACCUCGAGCGCGUCCUCCGCGAGGCCAUUUCGCAAGGGCAGCCGCGCACCCAUCGACCCUGGAAGAAGAUCCUCGUCGUCGUCGAAGGACUGUACUCGAUGGAAGGCACCAUGUGCGACCUCCCUGGAAUCCUCGCCCUCAAACACAAGUACAAGUUCUACCUCUUCAUUGAUGAAGCUCACUCCGUCGGCGCGCUGGGUCCUCGCGGCCGUGGUGUCUGCGACUACUUUGGCGUCGACCCCUCAGAGGUGGACGUACUGAUGGGAACCCUGACCAAGUCGUUUGGUGCCAAUGGCGGCUACAUCGCUGCCGAGAAGCACAUGCUCGACAAGCUACGGAGUACCAAUGCCUCCACGCUGAUGGGCGAGUCUCCUACCCCGAGCGUCCUCAUGCAGAUCCUGGCCUCCCUGAAGCUCAUUACGGGCGAACUCUUCCCCGGCCAAGGCGAAGAGCGUCUCCAGAGGAUUGCCUUCAACUCUCGCUACCUUCGCCUCGGCCUCAAGCGCCUCGGCUGCAUCGUGUACGGCCACGACGACUCGCCCAUCAUUCCCAUUAUGCUCUACAACCCCGGCAAGAUGCCCGCGUUCAGCCACGAGAUGCUCAAGCGCAAGAUUUCCGUAGUCGUGGUCGGGUACCCAGCCACCCCUCUCAUCAGCUCACGAGCGCGGUUCUGCGUCUCGGCAGCUCACAACAAGGACGACAUGGACAGGCUGCUGGCGGCUUGCGACGAGGUGGCAGAUCUUCUACAGCUCAAGUUCUCCACCGGCGUCGCUGGUGGGCUCGAGCCACUGCCCGCCGACGUCCCCCCCGAGGAGGAGCGCGAGUGGAGGAAGGCCAACGGGGUUGCCAUCAAGCCGCCCCGAUGGGCUAUCGAGGACAUCAUUCGACGAGGCGUCCGGGACGCCAAGCUGCCCCUGCGGUAA